AUCGAAAAGUCCACGCGAGUAACAGAGAAACUUCACAAAUGUAAAUAUUGAGCGAACAACAGAAGACACGUCCUCUUGCUUUUCUUUGUUUUUCUUAUUUUAACUAAUGCAAACAUGCCACGCAAAAAGCCUUUUAGUAACAAGCAGAAAAAGAAGCAGCUCCAGGUGAAACGCGAGAAAAAGCGAGGAGAAACAGGUUCAAGUCACAGUAGCCGUAAUGCCAGCAUGGAGAGAGGACCUGGCCGAGACAGACAGUCGGAUACAUCAGACAGCGAGACGACAGAUAUUAGGAGGAUCAACCAUCAGCCUGGCACCCGAGACAGUAGAUAUGACCCCAACAGAUUCCGUCUGCACUAUGAGAAGGAGAGCAAAGAGGAGGUCGAGAGGAGGAAGAAAAUAGCGAUGGAGAAAAUCCUCAAGCCAGUGGCAGAAGAGGAGCUAGAGUUGGAUAUAAACCAGAUCUACCCAGAAGACAAAGGCCUGAAUUUCCCUCGGCGACCCUCAUGGAAUUAUGGUAUGCGGAGAGAGGAGCUACUGCGGAAAGAAGAGAAGUCAUUUCAGGAGUAUCUGGAGGCUCUUCACUCUAAGAACCCCCCUGGUACCCUCAGCCACUUUGAGCACAAUUUGGAGACAUGGAGGCAGCUGUGGAGAGUAAUGGAGAUGUCUGAUGUCAUUCUGCUCAUAGUGGAUAUCAGACACCCAGUGCUGCAGUUCCCUCCUGCUCUGUAUCACUACGUCACUGUUGAAUUAAAGAAGCACAUCAUCCUAGUACUCAAUAAGAUUGACUUGUGCCCGGCGCCUUUGGUGUUGGCCUGGAAACACUACCUAACCAAACAGUUCCCCCACCUGCACUGUGUCUGCUUCACCUCGCACCCAGGACAACCCUACAGCACCGUUCUACAGAAGAGGAGAAUGAGGAAAAAGACAGGAUAUGACCAGGCAGGAGGACCAAUUCACAUCAUGAGGGCAUGUCAGGAGAUCACAACAGGAAGAGUGGAUUUGAGUAGCUGGGAAAAGAAGAUCCAGAGGGAUGCUGUUGCUGUGGGAACAGAAGAGGAUCGGCCUGAUGAUGAAUUGGAAUCUGUAUUGGUGGAGCAUCAUAGUGACGUUGCCAUGGAAAUGAACAGCUCCACGCAAGAACUUUAUAAAGACGGGAUACUAACAAUAGGCUGUAUAGGUUUUCCUAAUGUAGGCAAAUCUUCAGUUCUGAAUAGUCUGGUUGGCAGGAAGGUUGUGAGUGUGUCUCGGACACCUGGCCACACAAAAUAUUUCCAAACAUACUACCUCACUCCCACUGUUAAACUGUGUGACUGCCCUGGGCUUGUCUUGCCUUCCCAAGUGAACAAGCAACUACAGAUCCUGGCUGGUAUAUAUCCAGUCUCUCAGCUGCAGGAGCCUUACAGUUCAGUAGGGUACUUUUGUGAACGGACCAACUUCCUCUCCGUAUUAAAGCUGAGACAUCCUGACCAGAGCCCAGGAACACUGCAUGAGCCCAAAACACAGGACUGGACCGCAUGGGAUGUGUGUGAAGCCUGGGCUGAGAGGAGAGGGUAUAAGACUGCUAAGGCAGCCCGUAACGAUGUCUAUCGAGCAGCCAACAGUCUCCUGCAGUUAGCCAUUGAUGGACGACUGUGUCUAUGUCUGCAGCCACCGGGAUACACUCAGAGCAGAGAUGAAUGGGAGUCACACCCAGACCUGUCUGAGAUCAUCGCUCUACAAGGAAGAACGGAAGAGGAGGAGGAGUGUGGUGAGAGGGAAGACGAGGAGUGUGAAUCCAGCUCAGAGCUGGAGGAGGAGCAUGAUCGAGAUGCAGAUGAUGAUGAGGACGCUGAUGGAGAUGAUGAAGAUGAUACUGUGAAAGCUGACAGGAAGAGCCUCACUCUCAACAUGUUCAGUGUGCUAGGAGAGAACAAAUGUUUGUGAGGAUGAGUUCUGUCAUUCCUUCCUCAUACAUUCCUGUUGUCAUUAUCAUUCAGAAUCUCCACUGAUCACUGACUAGAAGUGUUAUUUCUUUAUACCCCUCUUAUUUCAAUCUGUGACGUGUCAGUCAAGUGACUGUAUAAUGUUUUGAUUUUAAAUACUACACAUUUAUUUCUUGAUUGACACUCCUCUUGCACUUAUACAGCCCUUAUGAACAAACACUGCAUGUCCCCCAUCUUUGCAUAACAAUGCCUGUUUUUGCUGCAGUAUAUAUUUUGUUUUUCCAGCAUCCCUGUGCCUCUAGCCUCUCUGUUUUUCAGCUGAGCAUUAUCAGAAUGCUUUUUUUCUCUCCUGCAUGCAGCCGAUUUUUCUUUCUGAGAGGGCAGAGGGAUUGUCCGUUCAACCAGUGAUUGUACAAUCAGUGUAACUAAGCAGGCAUUGAUCCAUUACAAUCACUUAUUUAUUAUUAAUCUGAUUUAUUAUCAUCUCAAAGCAGUGAUGCCAAAGGUCAGGUGAGGUCAAAGGGCAAAGGACCAGUUUGACCUCUGACUGUGAGUUGAAGAAGACAUUGCCAUAGUUGCCCAUGUGUGAAUCUAUUUUAUCUGAGUAUUUCAAACCUCUGCAUGCUGGGCAGAACCAGCUUCCUGAGGCUGAUCAUUGAAUGGCAGUAAAGCAGCCAGACACAGACUGUUGAAUACAGAGAGAAUUAUUGAGAUCAAAAAGAAGUUAUGGACAUUUAUAGCACUUUUUAAGCAAAAGAUAUCCAGCACUCUUUUGCUUUUGAAAACUUUAAUUUCUGAGAUGAUGCAGUGACCCCCAAACAUAUCUGGACACUUAAGUCACACUUAAAAAUGUCUGAAGGUCAAUGCAUUAGAUACAAAAUAUCAAACCAAGUGGCAUUAUCAAGCAAAUGAUGAUCUAGCUUUUCUCAGAUCUAACUUGUUCUUUUUUUAUGUGUGAAGCCAGCUCCAUUUAAGUUUACACAGAUGUUCUUCCAGAGUAACGCCAGGUGUAGUUCAUCAUUUACUAUGGACAUGUUCCACAAAGUUUCACAACCAGAAAGUGUACAAAUACUUAAAUUAAUUUGAAACCUAACAAACUUGUUUUUGUUAAUUGUUUUGCUUGAAGAGUAUCCUUGUGCUUUAUUUCUUUAAAAUAAAUGUUACUUGGUUUGAUUUAGAUUUUAUUAUAUAAUGACAUUCAUACAGUAAGUGUGGCUGAAGUGUCCUAAUCCUUUUUAGGGCCACUGUAUACUUUUACUAUGUGGGUAUUGAAGUGAGGUUGUCAUUCAGGGUUACAGUGGGAGUGAUUUUGUGCCACAAAAUGUUCUAGGCUGCAUAGUUUAAAGAGAUAUCAGAAAGCCUUAUAUGUUUGUUUUAUUUAUAAGACAAAUGAGAUUGUAGAACACAUUUUUAUAUAUAUAUACACACACACACACUAACACGCUACUCAAUCGAGCGAAACCGAAGCUGGAAGAUCGGUAUUGAAGACAGAGUUUGACCAUAGUUUGUGGACUCGGGUAAAGGUGAUGAUGUGUGCAGACAUACCAAUACAAGGCUGCAGGCUUUUGGUUUUUUUAGCCUCUUGUCCUACAUGCCCCAGCUUGGGAAUUUCUUGUGGGUGUGUUUUUGUUUGUGUGGGUGUAAUAGUGUGUGAAUCAUCAUUCUUUCUUUAUUGAGAAGUUAUUAAACUUGACAGAAGCCUCUGCAAUAAAAUGUAACCCUGAUGACCCUA